CCGCGUUUUCGGCAUCAGCCUCUGGAUUGUUUCCUCUCAAGCGAAGCUUUUUCCGAUCUUCAUCUUCCUCGUGUGUGGAUUCGUUUCUAAAAGAUCGAAGCAAUGGCCAGCAAAUCUGGAAGCGGUGGCCUAAGAGAACCGCCGAAUGAGCAAGCUGUUUUGAACAUGUAUGAAGCCAAGAGAUCAGAGCUUAGCCAAAUCUACUCCAACAUAACUGAACUCGAGAUGCAAGUGAGCGAACAUUCUCUGGUCAUUAACGCCAUUCAGCCUCUUGACCAAUCGAGGAAAUGCUUCCGCAUGAUAGGAGGCGUUCUUGUCGAGAGAACCAUCAAAGAGGUACUCCCAGCUGUCCAACGUAACAAGGAAGGGCUUGAAGAGGUUGUGAGGAAGCUAUACGAGACAUUGGAGAAGAAGAAGAAAGAUCUUACAGACUUUGAAGCUAUGUAUAAGAUCAGGAUAAGGAAACAAGACGAUAACAAGGAAGAAGGGAACAAGAAGGAAGGUAAUGCUCAAGGUGUUCUUGUUGGAGCUGCCAGUUCGAGCCAGUAACACUCUAUUAUUGACGUGUUGUUUUACUGUUGUAUCUCUUUUUUGGAUCGUAUGGUUAAAACCCCUGACCUUUUCUGGAAAAAUCAAGAUGUUUUGAAUGUUACAAAAGACUGGAGAAAUGCCAUAUUUAUGUAGAUCAGUUGUGUUAGAUAAA